UUUCAUUUCUUUAUUAUUAUUUAUUUUCAUGUAUCUUUUCUAUUACAACUCUGUAGUCUGUUGUCGUCAGUUUUCAGCUAUCUCACUCAACACUACAUUGUUGUCAUCAGUCGAUUCGCGCCUUUACGUUUGAGUGAUUGACUUUGUUAUUUGAUAGCUGUUGCAGGGUUGGAAGUUGUAACUUUGUAUGUUUCUGUUGGAACUGUGAACCCCAAAUCUGAAUACUCUUUCAACAACUUCAACACUUGAUUUUACUAGGAAAAAACAAUCAUUUUAAUGGUGAAUGUACCAUAUUGCCACAAAAUAACCAUGACAGUCGUGAUUACUACUGCUUAUUUAUCUAGUAUUUAAAUUGUUUUAUUCCAUAUCUGUACCUAUUAUAAAUUGUAGCAAAAUUCACAAUGAGUGGUCAAGAAGAGGAAUAUUACUAUGACCGUAGUAUGUUUUUCAAAGAAUUGUCGCAGAGUAUUGAAAGAAACAAGUUAUCAACUAAUGUAUUAUUUAGUAACUAUCUAAAUGAUUUUAAAGAUAUCGUCCAACAUAAUGGAUUAGUUCAUGAAGAGUUGAAUACUGUUUGUCAAAUAUUGUGUACUGUUGAUUUAAGUGUACAAAAUUUUAGACGAAUACUCUUAACACUAGUACCAGAAGAACCAUCAAUUCCCCAUGAUAUUUGUGAAGAACUUAUAGUUUGGGCUUUGUCAGCUUAUCGGCAAAGUGUUAACGAUGCAACAAAAGCUCAAUACAUAUUAUACUGGUUACUUUACGUGGUUGAAGAAAAAUUAACUAAUAUGGAUAUAAUUGAUAAGUAUUAUAAAGUCUUAUUUCAUCUUUGUAAUUAUCAAAAUUUAAAUUUAUGUCAACCAGUAGCUGGUAUUAUUUAUUGUUUAACAAAAUCUGAUGAUGUUCAAAAAUGGAUGAUAACAUGCUGUAAGAAUAUUAUAGAGAGUUCUAAAUCUGCACCAUAUCUGAACAAAUUACUGACUUUCUUUGAAAGUCCUAAUUUGAUGAACAAUACACGGCAAAAGGGACUUUUUGAUUGUAACAAUGCAUUUUGUAAAGAACUUGCUUGUGGUCUACGUAGCGUAAGGAAAGAAUUAAUGAGUAUAAAUCCACAGUCUACGCACAAUCAACAACUCAUAGAAUAUGAAAGGAAGUCCUCAGAUAAAUUUUAUAAUAAAAUUCAGUUUGUGGACAUUAAUAACAAAUUUGAAUUUCCAAGUACUGAAGAAUUAGCAAAAUCAUUCCUAAAAGAAUGUUCUUCUAAUAACAGUUUGGCACUUUUAGGUAGUGUUAGUGGUUGGUGUAAAUUACUUAUGAACAAUGACAAAGAAUUGAAUUUGCAACAUAGAUUUUCAAAUAAUUUGUAUCAUAGUCUAGAUCAAAUUUUUUUAAGUAAUGAAGUUAAUGUAAAAUCUUCACAAAAAUCAAAAUUCUUACAUGAAAUUUUGGAAUUUCAAAAAUUUGCACAUAGAGGUUUGGCAGCAGUAAAUAUUUUUAUAUUCCAAUACAUAAUCUCAUGGGAUGGUAUAGAAAAUAGUCGUUUAAUGUAUGAACUUUUCGAAUUCUUAACAUUCACUUCAGAAGAAGAAUUAAAAACUCGGUUUUUGGAAAAAUUGUAUGCAAUAUUUAUUACUGGAGAUGAAUUGAUUUAUAGAAUGGUAAUUAAUUCCUUGACUAAUCUUCUUUGUAAUUUGUAUUUUAAUUCAAAACAAACUAGAACAAAUAAAAACUGUACAUUAUUUGGUGAAGAAUUAAGAGAAGAAACAGAAUUUGAAAUAGUAAAAUGUUUGACAAAAUAUAUAUCGCAUUGGUGCUCAAUAUGUAUUUAUAAUUAUCCCCAAGAAGCACCGUUAAAACAUACAGUUUAUACAUUUUUUGAAAAAGUGUCUGUUUUAGAAAAUUUGAAUCCAACUAUAUGGCCUAUUUGGACAAUUAUGCCUCCAAGUGUUUUCUAUAACGGUUUAAUGUCAGUAAAUAUAUACUGGUUAGAUAGAUUGUCCAAACUAAUGCUGAGGCACAUAAAAGUUGAUACUAGCAGAAUUGAGAAUAUAGCAGAAACUCCAUCAAUUUUAAAAAUGUUACAAUUGUUUGACAUGUACAUGGCAGAUUUCUAUAAUGCUCUGCAUACAGGAGUGUUGUUUGAUAAACGUGAAGAAGGAUUUAUUUUUAAAUAUUUGAAUCAAGAAGAAGUUGAAAAAGAUUUUAAAAUAGUGAAUUUAAAUGUAUGCUUUCAAAUGGAAAAACAUAUUGCUCUAGCUCCAUAUUAUAUGAAUGCUGAACACACAGUGGAGGAUCCGUUGGAGGAUUUACUUCGGACAGAAGCUCCAAAUUUACACAUGCUAAUUUUUAUGUUGAAUCAAAAUUUGCAGAAUGAUACUGGAACUGACGUUUCAACAUGUUAAUUUAUUUUUAUACUAUGAAUAACAAAUAUUUAAGCAAUAUUGGUUGUCAGUAUUUUGAUUAAUUUUUUUAUAACAAUCAUUCACAAAAAUUAA